UGACUUAGUGAACCGAUCACGAAGAAUUAAAUACCAAUCGAUCGCUAAACUGUUCGUGUCCAAGAAAUUUUCUGCCAAAAUUUUUGGCCAGUCUCUUCAGUCCAAAUUGGUGGAAAGAAUUGGAUGAUCUUGUGGUUUGGAAUCUCUUUGACUUUUUGAGAGUGAUUGCAAUCGUGUGAUAAAAGUGCCCCGAAAAUGUUGCUGGAUUUGAAAUUUUCAAAGUUCAACGACACUCCUUGGGGAUUUCGUCUCACUGGAGGAGCGGACUUUGACUAUCCCCUGACUGUUAUCAAAGUGACCGAAGGUUCAUUGGCGGCUACAGUGGGAAUGAAAGUCGGUGAUAUCGUUGUUCGUAUCAACGAUACUCCCGCCAGCAAUCUCUCACACUUGGAAGCUCACAAUGUCCUCCUGGCUGCUGGAAAUAAUUUUAUGCUUGGCGUUCUACGUGAGAAUGAAGAAGAUCAUGAUCAACAAGUCCUUAACACUGAACCCGUAGCUCCAGAAAAGCCUCCGGCAGAAAUAUCUCCACCAACAAUAACCGCCCCUGUGGAAGAAACAAUCAUUGAAGAAUCUGCUUUAGAACAAGUAGAGGAAAAAUUGAAGGAUGAUAUUGUGUCUGAUGAUCAAAUCGCUGAGAUUAUCUCCAGUGAAGCAGAAGUGCUAAAGGAACACAAUGUAAUUGGUGUGAACUUCAAUAAGAUUAUCCCACAGGCUCUCUCACUCAAGACAAGUGAAGUCUUCAAGACCCUCAACGCAGAAGCUGUUAAGACUAAGGAGGAUAAAAUUCAGGAAGAACGCAAAUGGACCACUUUUCUCCAAAAGCCAAAUCGUCCAAUUCCCAAGUCAAAAUGGGAUCUUGAACAAGAGAAGAGAGAGCCCUAUAGAGUGAAGAUUGUGAAGCAGCCAAAACCCAAGAUCGCUCCUGAUCGAGUACCUACACCGCCCCCGAUGGAAAUUCUUCCUGAUCCACCUAAAGCAGAGACAGAAAAAGUUACAGAAAAUAAGGAAUCUGUUAAAGCUUCAGAAGAUGAAAAUCCAGUCGCUGAUGCUGUAGAAGAUGUUCCAGCUAAAGAGGAUGAGAUUGAUCUUCAAGCUGAGGAAGUGGAGGAGUUAGUGGCUUCAACAGCUGAUAAUGAAGUUCCUGAUUUAGAGGUGCCACAAAGUGAGGACAUGAUAGAAAAUCCUGAUUCUGAUGCACUUUCACGUGAACUGGAGGAGAAAUUGGUUGAUGUUCAGCGUCAAUUGCUGGCUUUAUCGAAUUUACCCCACACGAUUAAAGCCACACUGGACUCGGUAACAGAGCAACUCUCAAAAAUUGUGCCUGUUACUAAAGAAGAAUCACAAGAGAUCCCUGUGGAGUGCGAUGAAGAGAUCCAGGACCAGGACAAUAUCACUGAGGUGAAAGAGGAAAGUGAGAUUACCACGGGGGAUCAGGAAGUUUCAGAGGUUCAUGGAGAGAAUGAGGAGCAAAAAAACAAUUUCGAGGAAAAUGAUAAUAUUGAGCAGGAAAAGAUCAGCGAAAUUCAGGCUGAGCAUCCUUCUGAAGAUACAGUAGAUGAGGGGUUUGCAGAAAAGGGACAAGAAACUGAGGAAGAUUUGGAACAUCAGCAACGUCUGAUUCGCGAGCGAACACCCAAGAAACCUCCAAAACCGAAACUAACAUCCGCCUUUGGUCCCCUAGUGCCUCAAGAGAGACCGAUCUUUCUGCCCGGUGGACGAAAGUGGCGCAAGCCCAAAGACGCCUUCAAUGAUGAAUUUAUAGCGGAAGUUCUCAGCUCCCAAGCGGAACUUAUUGUUGGCACCACUCUUGGGGUGAACUUCUUGAAGUACCAGAAGCCAGAGAAGAAAGUAGAUUUGAGAAAUAGUGAGGUGUACAGGAUGAUCCAUCGCAUGGACAAGGAGCCAACUCAUGGAAUUGCUGUUCGACCAGAAAAAGUUCUCACAGCUGAUGAUGUCCACAGGUGCUCUUCACCACUCUCAAAAUGUGGCCAGUAGAUUAUCCCCAUCUUGUCGAGAAAAAAAUAUUGUUUUCGUAUUGUUUGAUUGUUCUUUUGUAACUUAGAACUUUAUCUAAAUAAACGAUACAAGAGGGGUGACAAA